AUGAAAUAUUCUGGAAAGGAUGAUAAGUAUUUAUGUGAUUUUAUCAAUCUAAUAGUCAAGAGGAUUCUGAUGACCAAUAGAAAAUAAGUAUUUUACCAUAUUAAGCGAAUAAAUUGAAACAAUAAGCUAAGGAAAUGCAUGAAAUGUUGAUGUUGUUAAAAGAAAACUUCGAGGAUGAAGAUUGUGAUAAAUACUAUAUUUUGAGCAAAAAGUAUUUAAAUCUAAUUCUAUUACUUAGUUGGUUUAACCAAUGGAAAUAGUUUGUUUCAUAUGAUUAGGUUGUAAAUGAUCAACCACCAGACAGUAAAUUUGGAUAAAAAAUGAUGCAAAGUUAUAAUAAUGAUUUGCUAGACAUGCGCAUUAAUGAAUGCUUCAAAUUUCAUCCACUUAAUACACACCCAUGGAAUACAUGGCUAAAACCAAAUUUGUAAGAAGAUAAAGAUUACAUUGUGAUUUCAUAAUAAAUCUAAGAUUAUUUGAAUUAAAAUUACAGAGGUACACAGAUUAUGAGAAACUCAAUAGGAUAGGGUAAAAAUAAGAAGGUUGUUGUGAAUUUGUUUAGGGUAAAUAUCAUUUGAUUUUAAAAGUUCAAUGCCACUCUAAUUUUAGCUAAUACGAUAAUUUAAAUUGCUUAAGAUAAUCUCACUCAAUUCGAGAAAGAAAUUUUGUAAGCUGAUGAAAAUUGUGUAAUCAAGGAUCUCUAUACAUUGAUAUAGAAGACUGUGCAUACUUUCAGGGGUAAUUACAAUACUCAGAAUGGUGUUAGAAUUUGGAGAUACAAACAUUAAACUGACCCAUUCAAGGGAUUGUUUGCAGAAAUCAAAAAGCAAGUUUAAGACCUUGAUUUCAAUGAUGAUUAAGUCUUUGAUUUUUCAGGAGAUCCUAUUGAGAAUUCACCAGAUAUCACAUUGAAAUCUUUGAAUCUAACUUAGAACGAUCUUGUUGUAAUUGAAGUAAUUUGUUCAUUUUAUAAAUAAGUUUUAACAACACUAUAAACCAUGGUGUAUUAGACAUCCCUCUGUUCCAGUUGAAGGGAAAUGUGAAGGUUGCGGUUCAAUCAGCGAACUUCAUUUUCCGUGCAAAUGCAAAAAAGUAGCAUAUUGCUCUGAAAGAUGUAAAGUGAAUGAUGAACAAUUUCAUCUUCCAAAAUGUGAUCCUUGUGGUUCUGAUGAUGAAUAAGUAAAAUAGAUAAUUAUCAAUGAUCAAUCUGUUAAAGGAGUAGCCGGAUUGGCUAAUCUAGGCAACACAUGUUUUAUGAAUAGUGGUACUCAAUGUUUAUCAAACACAUAUUAAUUGUCAGAGUAUUUUAUUACAAAUAAAUAUUUUGAUGAGAUUAAUGAGGACAAUCCUCUAGGAACUAAAGGAUAACUAGUCAGAAAAUAUGCUUCACUUAUUAAGAAAUUAUGGUGUGGUGAUAAAAACAUAGUAAUUCCAACUAGUUUUAAAAAAGCAGUUGGAUAAUUCUAACCAAUGUUCAAAGGAUUUUAAUAACAUGAUUCUUCUGAAUUAAUUACUUUUCUGUUGGAUGGAUUACAUGAGGAUCUUAAUAGAGUCAAAAAGAAACCUUAUGUUGAAUCUAAGGAUAAUCAAGGGAAACCAGAUUUCGAAGUGGCUAAGGAAAGUUGGGACAAUCACCUUGCUAGAAACCAAUCAAUUAUUGUGGAUUUGAUGCAUGGAUAAUAUAAAUCAACUCUUAAAUGUCCCACUUGUUCUUAAAUUUCUAUUACUUUUGAUCCAUUUCUGACUUGUGGACUUAGUAUUCCAAAUAAAAAAUAAAAGUCCAUUCAAGUUAAAUUUAUCAAAUCAAUAGUCUAAAUUGAAACUAAAAGUUUAAACUUUGAUGGGUCCAAAAAAACGAUGCCCUUAUAUGAAUUUACUAAGGAAUAGAUUAUUCCUGAAUUUAAAAUUGAUCCAAAUGCAGAAUUGAUAUUUUACACAUCCUUCUCUAAUGAUUUUCAAACUCUUAUUGAUCCAAAAUCUGAGAUUAAUUCAGUAAGAAAGAAUUCAAAGAGAGGAUAUCUUGUUGUGAAAUUAAUCAAUGAAGAUGAAAAGGAUAUACCUGUUGAUGAUAGAAUCUAUUUGAAUUAUUCUUAGAAGGCCUUGGAUGGAUUUGGAUAGUAAUACAAGAGAACCAUAUUUUAAUCAUUCUAUGUGAUUAUAUAGAAGGAGUUUAAUCUAAAAUAAAUACAUCUUGCAAUUUUUAAGGCUCUUCUUCCAAUAUUUUGCGAUGUAGUUUCUACAAGUGAAAUAUCAACUCCUGAGUAAUUGAGAUAAUACUACGAGAAAUAUAUUUAAGGAAAAGUAAUAGCAUGUUUAAAAUAUUUAGUACUACAACGUGUAUUUCAGAUCCCAGAGUGCUUAUUGGUAAUAAUGUGGUUUUUGCGGCUUGAAGAAUUGCUAAGAUUGUGAAGCAGAUUACAAGGAUGACACCUAUUAAUAAAUAAAGUCAAAAGUGUAGGCAAAUGAUCAACAUAAUAAGAUAGAACUUAUUGUAUUUUGGAUUUAGAGUCCAUUUUAAAAUGUGAAGCCUGCUGAUAUCUAUCAGUAUUAUCAGAAUUAACAAUAAAAAAAGUAGAUGGAAGGUAAUUGAAUAUAAUAAUUGUUUAUAGAGGAGAGGAAUGCCAUAAAUAAUAAUAAUGAUGAAAAUAAUGAUAAUAAUAAUUAGAACAAAAGAUAUGUGAUGAAAUCUAAUAACUAUCCUAAUAAUAAUCUAAUAGCCAAAGUGACACUAUAGGAAUGUUUGAGAUAAUCAGAACAACCAGAGUAAUUGGCUGAAGAUAAUGCUUGGUACUGUAAGGUUUGCAAGGAACAUGUCUAAGCACACAAAAGUAUGUAGAUAUACAAGGUAUAUAUGUCAAUAAAAUAAUAAGGCCUCUGACAUUUUGAUCUUCACAUUAAAGAGAUUCAAAGCCUCAAGUGGAUUCUUUAAGUAGAAGCUGGAAACCUUUGUGGAAUUUCCUGUAAGAGGCUUAGACUUAACAGACUUCAUUUUGAAUAAGAAUAGACCUUUGGAUUAUGAGUAGGAAUUGAAGGAUUAGGAGAAGAUAGAAGAGGAGUUCCCAGACCAAAAUGAGACCAAUAAGAAACUCAUCUAUGAUUUAUUUGCAGUAUCAAAUCAUUUUGGAGGCAUGGGAGGAGGACAUUAUACUGCUUUUGGCAAGAACCAUGUACUUUAACUGUUUAGUGUUAGUUGAAUGGAAAAUGGUACAAUUUUGAUGACGCUUAAGUGAGUGAAGUGGAUGAAGAUUAGGUGGUAACUAAGAGUGCAUAUGUUUUGUUUUACAAGCGUAGAUCUAAUUAUGAGAAUACACAAGACUUCAAAACACAAGAUUGA